UCUAUUGUAUUCCACCCCCGUCCCUAACCAAAACAAAGUCGAUCGCUUCAAAUUCAAAACCGUGCACUCGUGCACCUCGUAUACUGAUUAUAUAUAGCAUGCAUCUACGGGCGCCACUGACACGGAGGAUCGGAAGAGUUUCUUGUUGCUACUGCAAUCAAUCGCCAAAUCGAUCCACUCUCGAGGUCGACGCGCCAGCCAUGCAGUCGCACCCACACCGCCGCCGCGCCAAGGCGUGCCGCCUUCUCCUCGCAGCCGCCCUCUCCCUCGUUUUCUUCUCGUCUACACCGGCCGACCUGAUCUCCAAGCCCGCGUGCGCCCUGCUCGUGCCGCCGCGCCGCCUGGCCUUAACCCUCCGCGCUGUCCGGGACACCACCGCCACGCCAACGCCCGCCGGCCGCGGACACGAGUCCGACGCCGUGCUACUCGCGGACUGGGAGGUCAUGGUCCUGCUCCACCCCGACGCCACCCUCCCCGACGACGGGAACAACGCUACGUGCGCGUUCCCGGGCGGGGCGUCGUCCCCGGCACGCGCGCUCGGGAGGCUGCCGUCUUCCGGCCGCCACGCGUACACCUGCGCCAUGCCCAGGCCGGCGCGCCGGCACAAGCCCUUCCGCGCGCCGCGGCUGAUCACGACCACCUCCUCGUCGGCGGACACGGCCGAGGAGGACCCGGCCCGAUCGCCGGAGAUGCUGCGGUGGAGCGGCCGCCUCGUGUACGACUCCGUCGCGCUCCACGGCGGCGACGUGCUCGUGUUCGCCAAGGGCGUCAACCCAAGGCAGGGCGUCAACCGCGCCGCCUCGGGCGUCCGGUGCGUGUACUACCUCCGCAGCGCAGUAGCCGACGCCAUUGUGGCCUCGUUCCCGGCCGCCACCUCGGCGCAGGAAGUCUUCCGUUGCCCCCCUCCGCCAACGCCGGCCACAGAGCUCCGCGUCACUCUGGCCGUGGAGGGCGAGGAGCUCAUCCCCUCGCUGGCGAUCUACAGCCCUCCACGUGGCGGGUCAACGCCGCCGGAGAAGAAGAAGCUGGUGUGCGCCUGCACCAUGGUCCGCGACGUGGCCAAGUUCCUGCGCGAGUGGGCGGUCUACCACGCGGCGGUGGGCGUGGACCGGUUCUUCAUCUACGACAACGGGAGCGAGGAUGACCUGGCGGGCCAGGUGCGUCACCUCAGCUCCGCCGGGCUGGACAUCUCCACGCACGCCUGGCCCUGGCCCAAGACCCAAGAGGCUGGCUUCUCCCACGCAGCUGCCGUGCACCAAGAUUCGUGCCAGUGGAUGGCGUUCGUCGAUGUCGAUGAGUUCAUCUUCUCCCCGGGUUGGACUAAAUCACGCAAACCAAGCAAAUCCAUGCUCCGCUCCAUAGUGGAUGUUGAUCCAAAUGUCGGUCAAGUAACGCUGGGGUGUGCAGAUUUUGGCCCCUCGGGCCAAACCACGGACCCCAAGGAGGGGGUAACCCAAGGCUACACAUGUCGAAGGCGGGACGAAGAGCGUCACAAGUCGCUUGUCCGGCUUGACUCGGUGGACCCAUCAUUGGUCAACUCCAUCCACCACUUUUGGCUUCGGCCCGAGUUUAGGUGGGAGCGGUCAAGACGAGCCCGAGUAAACCAUUACAAGUACCAAGCUUGGGACGAGUUCAAGGUGAAGUUCUGCCGCCGUGUGUCCACCUACGUGGCUGACUGGACCGACCCGGUAAACCCGGCAUCAAGGGACCGGACGCCUGGCCUAGGGCUCAAGGCGGUCCAACCGGCCGGGUGGGCACACAAAUUUUGUGAGGUUGAGGACACCCUGCUCCGGGACAUGACCUGGAGAUGGUUCGGUGUGGGCUUCCGGAAGAAACCGGCUGCCGGCGACUUGGACCCUAGAUUCUAGAUACGGCCAUACAGCCACAUGCACAGGUGUACAAAGAAAGAUUAGGAGGGCCUAGGCUUGGAAGAAAAGAUGUGAUUCCUUCCUUGUUGCAGGAGGAGAUCAGCAAAUGUGUACAGAGGGCUAAUUGUUCAUUCAUUCAUACAUACAUUCUGUAUUUCGAUUUUGUAAUCAUGCAGUCGUGAUUGUCACGUGGAAUGAGCAUCGCGUAGUUUCCAGGAAAAGUCUAGUUUUGGAUCUUCAGUGCAGGUGCUCCUUACAACAAGCCUGAGUGGGGAAACUACAAGAAACAACAAUCUUCUUCUUUUGAGAUUAGGCUUCAAGGCUGACUAGCCAACUUAAGAACA